AUGCUUAGGCUAAGACCAGCUAUACGCUCGAUUAGGAAUUUCCACCGUACUUGCGUUAGCCUAGAUGCGGUAGUCGUUUCAGGAACCAAGUUGGCCAACUCCAUCAGAGCUAACGUGGCGGAAAAAGUUAUCAAUUACAACAAAGAACAUUUUGGCGACAAUAACAAAUCGUUUGAAAAUUUCCGAUUCCAACCAAGCUUAACAAUAUUGCAAGUCGGGUCAAGACCAGACUCGUCUGCGUACGUCAAGUCCAAACUAAAGGCAGCUGCCUCGUCGAAUAUCAAAUCAAAACUAAUCAAAUUAGACGAAACAAUCUCCCAAGAAGAUUUGGUUGAAGUGAUAGACCGUUUAAAUAAAGAUCCUAAAGUUCACGGGAUCCUAGUUCAGUUGCCAUUACCAAAACAUAUAGACGAGUCGGUCAUCACCAAUGCGGUCGUUACCGAUAAAGACGUUGAUGGGUUUGAUCAUUAUAAUGUUGGCCAACUAUCGAAAAGAGGAGGCACUCCAUUUUUCAAGCCGUGCACUCCAAAUGGUAUAAUGGAGUUGAUAAAGACAACUGGCGUUUCAUUAAGAGGUAAAACUGCAGUUGUCAUUGGUAGAUCCGAUAUUGUUGGUACCCCUGUUGCUACAAUGUUGAGAAACGAGGAUUGUACCGUUACCGUGUGCCAUAGAUACACACAGAACUUGCCAGAAAUCGUAAGACAGGCCGACAUUGUGGUUGCUGCUGUCGGAAUCCCUGAAUACGUCAAGGCCGAUUGGAUCAAAGAAGGGGCUGUUGUGAUUGAUGUUGGUAUCAAUUACAAAGACGACCCAACAGCAAAAAGAGGAAGACGUUUGGUGGGUGAUAUUGACUAUGAGGAGGUCGCCAAAAAGGCGUCCUUUAUUACUCCUGUCCCAGGAGGUGUUGGUCCAAUGACAGUGGCAAUGUUGUGUUCCAACGUAUACGACGCUGCCCUAAUCCAUGCCAAGAAAGCCCAUGAGCACGGGUUCAAGCCUUUGGAAUUGAAUAUCAAAGACCCAGUUCCAUCCGAUAUCGAAAUCUCAAGAACCCAAAAGCCCAAAAAAAUAACCAAGGUUGCCCAGGAAUUGGGUAUACUAGAUGCAGAAUUAGAGCCAUACGGCCAUUACAAGGCCAAAGUCGACCCAAAAAGCGUGAUUGAAAGAUUAGACGAGCAAGCAGAAGGGUCAGCCCAAGAUAAGGGUAACUACGUUUUGGUGGCCGGUAUUACCCCAACACCUUUGGGUGAAGGUAAAUCAACAACUACCAUGGGGUUGACACAAGCGCUUGGUGCGCAUUUGGGAUACAAUGCUAUUGCUAAUGUUAGACAGCCAUCAAUGGGACCAACGUUUGGUGUCAAAGGUGGUGCUGCUGGAGGUGGUUAUGCCCAAGUCAUUCCUAUGGACGAGUUUAAUAUGCAUUUGACAGGUGACAUUCACGCAAUCUCGGCUGCCCAGAAUUUGUUGUGUGCUGCAGUAGAUACAAGAAUGUUCCACGAAUCGACGUCUAAAACCACCACAGGAUUCUUCAAACGGUUAGUGCCAGUGAAAAAGGGCAAGAGAAGUUUUACCCCAUCGAUGUUAAAGAGAUUGGAAAAAUUGGGAAUUGACAAAACCAACCCUGACGACUUGACUGCUGAAGAAAUUGAAAAAUUCGCCAAGCUCAAUAUCGACCCUGAUUCCAUCACCAUCAAAAGAGUGGUUGAUUGCAACGAUAGAUUUGUCAGAGAAAUCACCAUUGGAGAAGGGAAAAACGAAGCUAGUAAAUACCCACCUCGUAAAACCGGUAUGGACAUUACCGUUGCUAGCGAGUUGAUGGCCAUCUUGGCAUUGUCAAACUCACUAAAAGAUCUUAGACAAAGAGUUGGGAAGCUUGUUGUUGGUACUCAACGCGACACGGGCGUUGCCAUUACUGCUGAAGACAUUGGUUGUGCUGGAGCAAUAACCGCUUUAUUGAAAGACGCCAUUAAACCAAACUUGAUGCAAAGUCUUGAAGGUACUCCUGUUUUUGUGCACGCUGGACCAUUUGCAAACAUCUCAAUUGGUGCUUCGUCCGUUAUUGCCGAUAAGCUUGCUCUUAAGUUGACCUCACCUUCCAAUCCAAUCAACAAUGGCGACACAGGGUUUGUUGUUACUGAAGCUGGUUUUGACUUUACUAUGGGUGGUGAAAGAUUCUUCAACAUUAAAUGCAGAGCUUCUGGGUUAAAGCCUGACGCUGUGGUUUUAGUUGCUACUUCCAGAGCAUUGAAGUUACAUGGCGGGGCUACCGACGUUAAACCAGGACAACCACUUCCAGCAGAAUACAUCACCGAAAACCUUGAAUAUCUCGAAAAAGGAUGUGCCAACUUGGCCAAACAGAUUUCCAAUAUUAAACAAUACAAUGUCCCCGUUGUUGUCGCCAUCAACCAAUUUGAAACAGAUACCGACGCUGAAAUCAAGUUGAUCCAGUCUCUUGCAUUGAAAGCUGGCGCCGACUUUGCUGUUCCAUCAAACCACUGGGCUAAAGGUGGUGCUGGGGCCGUGGAUCUUGCUUCUGCUGUUGUCGACGCUGUAAAGUUAGCACCAUUGGAACAACAAAAGUAUUUGUAUGAUGUGAACGACACGGUAGAGGAGAAAUUAUUAGCCAUUACCACAAAAAUGUAUGGUGCAUCAGGAAUCGAAUUGUCUCCGUUGGCCAAAAAGCAGAUUGAGACCUACACCAAGCAGGGGUACGAUAAGUUGCCAAUUUGUAUUGCCAAGACCCAAUACUCUUUAUCGCACGACCCUUCGUUAAAGGGAGUGCCAACAGGGUUCACGGUUCCUAUUAGAGAAGUAAGAUGUUCUGCUGGUGCUGGUUAUUUGUAUGCCUUGGCAGCCGAAAUCAUGACCAUUCCUGGAUUGCCCACCCAUGCUGGUUUUAUGAAUGUUGAAGUAAACGACAAAGGUGAAAUAGAAGGGUUAUUUUAA